AUGACUCUCUCUUAUCUUGCAGGUAGCCACGCCUUCCUCCCUGGAUCACCAGACAGCAGAUACACUUCUCCAAAGCCAGCAGGCGGAUCCUUCAGCUUGACGAUCGCGUGUCCCCCGAAGGGUGUGUACCAUUACCCCAAAGUAGGUACUACCUAUGACCAGUACCUUAGGUGCGUGGAGGGCCAGCUCAGCCACCACACCUGCCCGGAAGGACUAGUUUUCAAAAGGAAAACCGACGGGAAGCAUUUUCCGUGUGAAUAUCCCGAGAAUGUUGUCUUUCCAAAAUCCAGUCGGUUUUCCUGCCCAGUCGGUCUGUCAUCUGGUCUGCGGUGGAAGAAGGAAACUUUACAUCCCUCACCGCACAGCUGCCGUGAGUUUUACGUUUGUGUUGGUGGAGUUCCGAAGCGUCAACUGUGUCACCUCGGCAAAGUGUUCAGCGAGAAGAUCUCCGCAUGUGCCCAGCCUCAGGAUGUCCCAGGAUGCGAAGACUUCCACUACAGGAGAGGAGACAGUACAACCACACGCCAACAGAUGAAGCUGAACAAACUCGGUGACACUCAAGGUACUCUCGCCCAUCAUAGCCACGACCUCAUUACAAAUAAACAUGUAAUCUUAUUGAAGUAAAAUUGUGCAAUGUGGUUUGACUGAUUAGAUAAGUAAAUAAAUUAUCAUUGUCAUUGUCAUCGGUACCAUUAUCUUUCUCUACAACUAUUGCUUAUCCAUUUUGAGCAGCUUUCCUUUGCCGACCUCUUCUGCCGUGUAUCUGUAUGUCUUGCUCGUUCUUCUAUUUUCUUCUGUCGUGUAUGUAGCUAUAAUCCUAUAUUCAUUGUCAUGCUCGUACUUAUACCAUGGUCACCUACUAUGGAAACCAAAACUAGUUUCAGAUUUGUAUAUGUAAAUAUAAAAGCUCCUUUAAUAACUCUCUUGUAGAAAUCUUGAAAAUCACACAACAUAGUUUUGUUGUGUGACCUACUUUUUUUUUUUUUUUUUUUUUUUUU